GGCAAGAAAAAAGAUUCAAAGUGCAAUUGCUUUUGCAGUGUGGUGAUAAUUUGCGCUGUUGUUCUAUUUAAUGUGAUAAUUAGAAGACUCUGUAUAGUUAGUGUUACUGAGUAUUUUUUGGCAGAAGAAAAUCAGAAUUGGCAUAAAAAUGAACUUUACUCCAACUCCUGGGCAGAAAGUUCUUCUUCUGUGGGGUGCAUCAGUUGGUGAAGACAUAUUAGUUGAUACUGUCAAUACUUUACGUGAAAAAGUGGGUCAGCAAGGAAGCGUUGCUGUUGAAAAUAUAGAGCGGCUAUUAGUGUCUUGUCAUGCUGUAUCAUCAUUUGAUGUUGUUUUGUGUGGACUUCCUUCUCCUGGUGCUGUAACUCAUCCUACAGAAGUAUUAUCUGAAAUAGCAAGGUUACUUAGACCUGGAGGAAAACUUGUCCUUAGGGAACCUGUAACAACUGAAGAUAUCAACUCUGAACACAAAAUCAGGUCAUCAGCAAAAUUGGCAUCAGCACUGAAACUGUCGGGAUUUGUUGACAUUGGUGAGCCACAUGAGUUUCCCCUUCCUGCUUCACAACUAAGUGAACUAAAAAAGGAGCUUGAGAUAGAAGAAGGAACAGUCUCACUGAUGGAAGUUUGUGCCAGAAAACCCAACUUUGAAGUUGGAUCAACAAUUAAACUUAAUUUUGCUAAGAAAGGUAGAAGUAAAUCAGAUGAAAAUACUUCCAAGAUUUGGACUCUGUCUGCAGACGAUACACUGGAUGAAGAUGUGGAAUUAAUUGACUCAGAUCAGUUGUUAGAUGAAGAGGAUCUGAAGAAGCCAGAUCCUGAAUCUUUGAAAGCAAGCUGUGAUGGUGCUAAAAAGCGAAAAGCUUGUAAAAACUGUACUUGUGGACUUGCUGAGAAACUUGAACAGGAAAAAGAACCAAUACCUCAGUCAAACACUUCUGCUUGUGGAAAUUGUUAUCUUGGAGAUGCUUUCCGUUGUGCCAGCUGUCCUUACCUUGGGAUGCCAGCAUUUAAACCGGGAGAGAAAAUUGUUUUAAAUGAUCGACAACUGAAGGCAGAUGUCUAGAUAUGACAGCAUCACCUUGCCAGGAAGAGAUUCAAUCCUCAGCCAACCAGUUUAAAAAUUUCAUAUAACAUAUCCUGAAGAACAUGGGUUCAAAUAACUAAGCUACUAAUAGCAGACUCAGCUGAAAAUUUAAAAUCAGCAGCUGAUUUGGUGAAUUUCACAUUAUAAACUGAGGAGAAGUUGAGUUUGUUAAUGUGACUGAAGGAUUUAAAUGGAUAUUUCUUCAAAUGAAGCACCAAUUUAUUUUUUGUUUUGAAGUAAUUUUACAUGCAAGAUAGUUUUCAGACCUUUAAGUACCCUUUUUUUUUUUAUAGAAAUUGUCAGUAUUUGCUGGUUUAACUUGUGAAACAAAUGAAUGCAUCUAUGAAAAUAAGUCUUAUAAAAUAAAAAAAUAUUUUAACUUUGGAAAGAACUUUUAAAACAUUUAAUACAAAUUUACAAAAGAACAUUUGAAAUGGAACAGUCGAAACUGUAUGGAUUACUUUAUGAUCAGCAGUUUUUUUGUUUUUACUCAUGUGAAAUUUUCCCAGUUAUUAUUUAUGAUAUGAAAAGAUUGAAUUCAUCCAUUAUGAUACAUAUUCACCUGUUUCUUAUCAAGUAUUUGACAAGAAAUACUGGUGUGUUAUGUAUAUACUCGUAAUAUUUUCACGUACUUAUAGCCAGGAAUGGAGUAACACUUGAACGGAAAGGCACACAUUUAUGUAAUGGUAGUGCGAUAUUUUGUUGGUGUAUGACAUAUGUAGCUCUCUGUUUGAUUUCUUGCUUUAGUGUUUUUCAAGUUUUAAGGAGUUUGGUAUGACUGUCUAGUAUGUUCUGGUGAAAUGUAGAUUAACAUUAAACACUCGAUCAGUGGUAUGUAGUUAACCCUAAGCAUGUAUUUUUAUUAUAAAAGUAUAAACUUUUUUGAUGCACAUAUCUUAAACAAUAGUUUUAGUAAAGCUUGAUAAAUUUGAUGUGGAAGUAAUAAUUUGUGGCAUUUAAGAAUAAUUAUAAUAAUUGUUUGGAAGAAAGCAAAUACGAAUUGAAUGUAUUUUUGCUUAUCAGGUUUCAUAGAUACAUAAAGUAGCAAAAUGUCUAAACAGACUGAAUAGCUAUAUGUAUACGUGUAUAUAUAUAUUGUCAUAGUAGUAAGAUAAUUGUGUUCUGUUGAAGAUUAUAUAUAUAAUACAUUUAAUCCCUUCUGCAAUAAAAGUACAUGUUUAUGUA